AUGACCGCAAACCGUAUCUUUUUGGUGGAACUGAUCGUUGACGAACUGCAAAUGUUCCCCCGGGAAAAAGAAGCUGACGCCGAACUAGCGGCGGAAUCUCCGCUGGCUACCUCAUCCGAGGUUCAGGUUCAGGAAGAUCGCACCGAAUGUCCGGAACGAUGCGUUCGCUUCCAACUGGCUAAUCUGGCUCGCUGUGAGGUAUGCGAGAAAGAUUUCGGUUCUCGGCUAGACCUAGAGCACCCAAGCAAACUAGGCGAAAGUUGCAUGUUCGUACUGAGCGAAAAAGCCCUAGCCGACGACGAGUUGGAGUUUGAAAUCUCGGCCUUAGAGAAGCAAGAGGAUGGCGGAAAAAUCGUUCUUGGAAAAUGGAAACAACCGGCGAACGAAAUUUUCUCCAAGUUGGUUAAAAGCUACAAUGAAAUUAAUGGAAAGCAAAGUUCCGAAACGUCAAUCCAUUCGGCUCGCUCCGAAAACUCCAUCGCGAAAAAAACAAUCCCAGUUUCGGAAACAAUCAAGUCUCUUUAUCCGCUACACUCGGACAACGGGGAGGACGUUCAAGGUUGCGUCGUGGUGACGCUGAGGAUCUCCUGUUUGGGUUCAAGGAUUACCCAAAAGGUAAUGUUUGGUGCUAAAACCGAAGAACCCGGAGUUACUUGCUUCAAGUCGACCGAUGCCGAUGAGCAGGAGCGGUACAUGAAAUGUGUGGCUUUUGACGAUUUAGCCCACCCACAUCCGGUGCUGUGCAAGGAGUGUGACAACCGAAGUAUCCCCUCUCAGCCUCCAACUCCAGCGGUCUCGGUUACAAGUAAAGAAUCGGUAUGUGCGCCCUACGAUGAGUACACGGCCGAGAUGAAUGGCAAUGCGAUUUCGAUACGAGUGGAGAAGAAUUCCGACAUCAAAGUCAUGCUGGGCGAUGAGCAGGACGGGAAAUGUGUGAAAGGUUGCUGGACAUCGCUAACACUUCCGGAAGGAGUGUACGCCCUACAGGAACGCUACGUCGAACGACAGAAAAACCCUUGCCGUUUGCCGGUAGUUCGCGGCAACCUUAAAUACCCCGCCCAACAGUGGUCCGGUGAUUUUCUAGUAUGCAAGCAAAAACGUCCAAUCUGCGCAGAAGAUUUCCGAAAACGGCCCGAUCCGACCAGAUCCAUUUGCAUGCAAACACGUGACCCGGAAAGCACGGAGGAUCCAGCAGCGGCCAACGGUAUUGAGAUUUGUAGGAAAGGUUGGCACGACCCGAAUGUGGAUGUGUUCGUGCUAAAGUUGGGUAAAAAUAAAACCACCCACGGCGACGGCAGCCCCAAUCAGAUCGAGCUGGAACUCCGAACACCGAAGGGACCCAUGGUGGAGAAACGCCCGAAAGAAACCCGAGGAGUACAGGUGAUUGAGGCAGAGUUCGAUGACGUCAAGAAGCCACCGGUCAAAGAGGCACCCAAAAAAGCGAAGAAACCUGCCAAGAAGGGCAAAAAGAAGUAA